CUCACUUCACUGUGGUACCGGUGAAGGACCAGGCUCAGUCCAGCUACGACAGCCUGGAAGGCCUCAACUGGGUGGAUUACAGGGACACAGGGCAGGACUUCCCAGACCACCAGGACACUGUCAGCUCUGAUGCUCUUUCCUGGCGCUGCUGCUCCUCCAUUGUGCUUUCAGCAAGGUGACACUAGAGGACAGUGUUGACAUGGCUUUCACUCCCAUCACUUGUCAGACCUGCCGCAGGACGUUUGAUCUCAUUUAGACAGGACUGGUCCCUGAACGAGUUUUCACACUGGCUGACCGGGUGUCCUGGAUAGUAAUCGACUAUUCCCUGAGCUGAGCUAGAGCUCAGAGGUCCGUGCAGCAGCGUGCACGGCACAGAGCUAUGCUCACCCACAGCGACAGCAGCAGCCGUGGGACGCAGAACGCAGGACAUGCAAAUCACAAAGAAGACAGCCCCUUCCUCAGCAGUGCUGACUCUGCUAGUAAGAAGAAUGACUUCUAUGACAGGAACCUGGCUUUGUUUGAGGAAGAGCUCGACAUCCGGCCCAAGGUUUCCUCGCUGCUCAGUCGCUUGGUCAACUACACCAGCAUCAGCCAGGGAGCCAAGGAGCACGAGGAGGAGGAGAGCGCCGAGGCCUCACGGAGAAAGACCCCCAAGUCUCCCAACAUGGGCACUCUGAUGGGCGUCUACCUGCCCUGUCUGCAGAACAUCUUCGGGGUCAUCCUGUUCCUCCGGCUGACCUGGAUCGUCGGGAUGGCCGGCAUCGUGCAGUCCCUUCUGAUCGUCCUCAUGUGCUGCUCAUGUACGAUGCUCACGGCCAUAUCGAUGAGUGCCAUCGCUACCAACGGUGUGGUUCCAGCUGGAGGCGCAUACUUCAUGAUCUCACGCUCUCUGGGCCCGGAAUUCGGAGGAGCUGUGGGGCUGUGCUUCUACUUGGGCACCACCUUCGCCUCUGCCAUGUACAUACUUGGUGCCAUUGAAAUCUUCCUGAAAUAUCUGGUUCCCCAGGCGGCCAUAUUUCAUGCCACAGACCACUCCGGCACCGACAGUGCCAUGCUGAACAACAUGCGAGUGUAUGGUUCCAUCUGCCUCAGCCUAAUGGCUGUGGUGGUCUUUGUAGGAGUCAAAUAUGUCAACAAGCUGGCGUCCCUCUUCCUGGCCUGUGUCAUUAUCUCAAUUGUCUCCAUUUAUGCGGGAGCAUUCAAAUCCUUGACUCACCCGCCAGAAUUCUCAGUUUGCAUGUUGGGCAACAGGACCCUGGUGAGAGAUCACUUUGACGUAUGUGCUAAGACUGUGAUGAGGGACAACGUGACGGUUCCCAGUCAGCUGGCCGAGCUCUUCUGCCUGCCUGGGAACAUGAGCAGCACACAAUGCGACGACUACUUCACUCAGAACAAUGUGACGGAGAUCCAGGGCAUCCCUGGACUGGGCAGCGGGAUUCUCAGAGAGAAUAUGUGGGGAAACUACCUGGAGAAAGGGGAGAUCUUAGAGAAAGCACGGCUGCACUCAGUGGAUGCGCACAGUGCCAUGGAGAACUUUGGGCUGUAUGUGUCUGCAGACAUAGCCACGUCCUUCACUCUGCUGGUGGGCAUCUUCUUCCCAUCCGCCACAGGUAUAAUGGCAGGAUCCAACAGGUCCGGUGAUCUCCGGGAUGCUCAGAAGUCCAUCCCAGUGGGAACAAUUUUAGCGAUUACCACCACUUCCCUCGUCUAUUUAAGUUCUGUUGUUCUGUUCGGGUCUUGUAUUGAAGGAGUCGUCCUUAGGGACAAGUUUGGGGAUGCUGUCAGAAAAACCCUGGUGGUGGGAACUCUGUCCUGGCCGUCUCCAUGGGUUAUUGUUAUUGGCUCCUUCUUCUCCACAGUGGGGGCAGGCCUGCAGUCGCUCACUGGAGCUCCCCGUCUCCUACAGGCUAUAGCCAAGGACAACAUCAUUCCUUUCCUCAGGGUGUUUGGUCAUGGAAAGACCAACGGAGAGCCUACGUGGGCGCUGCUACUGACCGGUCUGAUCGCAGAGCUGGGCAUUCUCAUUGCCUCCCUGGACAUGGUGGCUCCCAUCCUUUCCAUGUUCUUCUUGAUGUGCUACCUCUUUGUGAACUUAGCAUGUGCAGUUCAGACUCUUUUACGGACGCCGAACUGGAGGCCAAGGUUUAGAUACUACCACUGGGCCCUGUCCUUCCUUGGUAUGAGCAUGUGCCUGGCUCUAAUGUUCAUCUCUUCCUGGUACUAUGCAAUAGUGGCAAUGGGCAUUGCUGGCAUGAUCUACAAAUACAUUGAGUACCAGGGGGCAGAGAAGGAGUGGGGGGACGGUAUCCGAGGCCUGUCCCUUAGCGCAGCACGCUACGCCCUGCUGAGGCUGGAGGUGGGACCCCCACACACCAAGAACUGGAGACCUCAGCUCUUGGUGCUGUUAAAGCUGGAUGAGGACCUCCAUGUGAAAUAUCCCAGGCUGCUGACCUUCGCCUCACAGCUGAAGGCAGGAAAGGGUCUGACCAUUGUGGGCUCUGUUAUCCAGGGCAACUUCCUGGACAGCUACGGGGAAAUGCAGGCAGCCGAGCAGGCUAUUAAGAAUAUGAUGGAGAUCGAGCGCGUCAAAGGUUUCUGCCAGGUGGUGGUGGCGUCUAAGGUGCGUGAGGGCAUCGUCCACCUGAUCCAGUCCUGUGGUCUUGGAGGCAUGAAGCACAACACGGUGGUGAUGGGCUGGCCGUACGGCUGGAGACAGAGUGAGGACCCCCGAGCCUGGAAGACGUUCAUCAACACGGUCCGCUGCACCACAGCCGCUCACCUGGCCUUAAUGGUGCCUAAAAACGUGUCUUUCUACCCGAGCAACCACGAGCGCUUCACAGACGGCAACAUCGACGUGUGGUGGAUCGUCCACGAUGGCGGGAUGCUGAUGCUGCUGCCUUUCCUGCUCAAACAGCACAAAGUCUGGAGGAAAUGCAAGAUGCGUAUCUUCACUGUAGCGCAGAUGGACGACAACAGCAUCCAGAUGAAGAAGGACCUGGCUACGUUCCUUUACCAGCUGAGGAUAGAGGCGGAGGUGGAGGUGGUGGAGAUGCAUGACAGUGACAUCUCAGCCUACACCUACGAGCGGACUUUGAUGAUGGAGCAGAGGUCUCAGAUGUUGAGACAGAUGAGGCUGUCCACUGCAGAAAGACAAAGAGAGGUUUGUGUUGUAUCACGUAUCAGAUAUUUACACUGGGAGUUCAAACAGAGCAUUACAUGGCAGUGUAACAUGAAUACGCACCGACGCCCACGUCUUGUGAUGUUCCCGUGGCCUCCGCAGGCCCAGCUGGUCAAGGACAGGCACUCUUUGGUGCGCAUGGGGAGUCUGUACUCAGAUGAGGAGGAGGAGGUGGUCGAAGCGCCUCCAGAGAAGGUUCAGAUGACGUGGACCAGGGAGAAGUGCGAAGCCGAGAGGAGAAACCGGAGCAACGCCCCCGAGAACUUUCGAGAACUCAUGAGCCUUAAACCGGACCAGUCCAAUGUGCGGCGAAUGCACACGGCUGUGAAGCUGAACGAGGUAAUAGUUAACAGGUCCCACGACGCCCGAUUAGUGCUGCUCAACAUGCCAGGACCGCCCAGAAACCUAGACGGCGACGAGAACUAUAUGGAGUUUCUGGAGGUGUUGACGGAGGGCUUGGAAAGGGUGCUGCUGGUGAGAGGCGGCGGUCGGGAGGUCAUUACUAUCUACUCAUGACCAGUGAGAGCUGCUACACUGAACGGGCCACAUUCCACCUCCUGGACACAAGGCCACACACACAUCUGGGUGGAUGCAUUGUUUUUUCUAUUUUUAUACAGUACUGGGACAGAGUAGUUUACAUAUCUAUCCUGUAUGAUCGUUUUCCUGCUCAGAAAUUAAUACUUACACUACGUGUUACCUAAACGUUUUUUAGGGAAGUAUUUUCUUAUUUGUAGAUAACAAAACUAUAUUUGACAGAACUACCCUGCGUAGUAGACAUUUUUGAUUAUUUUGUAAGCAAAUUUUAUUUAUUUAUUUAUUUUCUACGUUUCCCCGCUGAAGGAAAGACAGUGUUACUGGGGUUGGGGUUGCAGAAACUGUGGGAUAAGACAGAAUCUCAGAGAAAGUAACUGAGUCAUGUAUAUAAACGAGUUUUGAGUCAUUACAUUUAUACAUUUUCUUACAGACCUGAAAAGCUUUUCUGUACCAACAUUGUUUUAAGUUAUAUCCUUAAGUUCCCUUACAUCGAACAUCAUUUGUCCUAAGCAUUUCAAGCAUCUCUUCAGUCUACUCGCGUCUCACACUCUAAAUAAAUGAUUUCAUCAUCAAUCCUGCACCUGCAAUCCCAGCUUGUUUGGCUGCUCUGUAUAUAGACACACCAGUUGCUGCUGUUUUAUUUUUGACCUAGCUGCGCUGUCUUGAGUCUCACCUGUUCAAACUGUAACCAUGACUGUUGCCAAAACAACAAAGGACUCAAGUCUCAUGUCUUUAGGAAACUGUUCUCACAUAUAAGACUGACACAUGACACGCAGCUGUUUCCUUUUGUAAGAAUGCAUGUGUUUAUUACUUCAGCAACAAAGGACGUCCAGUUAAUAAAAACUGAUUCUGAUCCUUGC